AUGAGCAGGUUUCCGGAUAGAAUGUUUGCCUUAGGAAACGAACCGGAGAAUAAGAAGGUGAACACCUACUUUCAGCUAACCUAUCUUGACACAAUCAGUUUUGCUUUGGAAGAAGACCAUAUGGAGAAGCUUUCAUUGUCUCAGUUUGGAAAACCGAUGGAAGUAGGUAACAAGAUUGCUUCAUCAGUUAGAUUCCUUCACUUCAUCUUGUCUCGGCAGCUAGUUACGAAGAAAAAAAAAGAGCUUUGGUGUCUAUUCGCUGGCCAGCCAAUCCGUUUUUCUAUUAGGGAUUUUGCUAUUACGACAGGCCUAGAUUGCUCCAAGUUGCCACCUGCGAAAAAGCUCAAAGAAGACCGGGUCAAUGCCGAGACUAUUGAGUUGUUUGGGUCAGAGAAGAAUGCGACUCCUGGAUGGAUUGCAACAACACUUGCUGGCAGACCAUACAAGGACAAAGAGACUAGAUUUAAGCUAGCUUGCUUACUUCUUAUCGAUGGGAUUGUAUGCCCGACUUCUAGGAAUGCAAAGAUAAGUGCCGAGCACAUUAUGAUGGUGCAGGAUGUUGAUAAAUUCCUGGAAUAUCCAUGGGGUCGGAAAUCUUUUGAUUUGACCAUACACAGCAUCAAAACAAGGACGGCAACACCAUCGUACCUGUGCCAGCCGACGUGUGCAUUUCAGGGGUUUAUACAUGCAUUACAAAUGGUGAUUUUGGAAUGUGCUCCCGCUAUUCUCAAGAAGGAUCUGAAAGGAAAAUCAAGCGAACCUAAUUUGGUGGAUGAAGACGAUACCCCCAGUAUACGUCCUGGUUCUAUGAAACCCGUAAACAUCUCAAUGCCGCAUGUCAAGUAUCUUGACAAGUCUCAGAAGGUGGCUGUGAAAUCAAUUUUGCCGGACGACGAAAAUAUUUUGGAUGAUACCGACUUGGAGCUGGAUGAUGAUGUCCCGGACGAAAGUGUUGACAAAUUGCGUUCAUCUAAAGGGAAAAAGGCCAAAACCAACUCGAAUUAA